CAAAAUGAAGCUAGGACUAGAAGUUGCGCUGCUAAGCUUUAUAUUACUAAACUUGAAUGUAAUAUAUACACUGACUGCAUCCACCGACAUUGAGCAAUUCGAUAAGCUAUGUGGGGAGCUAAUUGAGACUUUGCAAAGAACGAUAGCGCUGCAUGAAAGUAAUAUGGAAUAUAAAUGAAUUGCUUGCUGUAAAGCGGCAGCAACUUGCGGAGCUCCGUGAACGCGCAACACAGCAACAAAAUACGCAGAAUAACAAUUGCACUAAAUGUGAGCGGGAGUUGGCGCAUCGAGUUCAUCAGCUGCAGGCGCAACAGCUCAAGCCAUGUGAGCUACCGACGACUACGAAUGUUCCGCCCAGUCGUAAUGCCAGUGACUUGCUCUACGAUAACGAGUUAGCUGGACCCGGCUGGAUCGUCAUACAGCAGCGCAUCAAUGGCUUGGAGAAUUUCAAUCGCAGCUGGCAGGACUAUCGCAAUGGCUUUGGCUCUUUUGAGGGCGACUUCUUUCUGGGACUUGAGCACAUUUAUCGACUGACUAAUGCGCAGCGACAUGAGCUCUACAUACAUAUGGAGAGAUUCAAUGGCUCCACUUACUUUGCACGCUACAGUGAUUUUAGAAUCUCACGCGAACGCGAUGAGUAUCGAUUGCAAGAGUUGGGCGACAUGACGGGCACUGCCGCGGAUAAACUGACUUACCAUAAAUAUCAGCAGUUCUCUACAUACGAUCGCGACACUGAUUCUGGCGGUUGUGCCAAGAAAUACUACGGAGGCUGGUGGUAUAAGGGUCAUAACUGGCAUUGUUCAUUUUCCAAUUUGAAUGGCAAAUACUUUCAAAGCGAAAAGGAAUCCAAUUUGGCCGUUUAUUGGGGCCAGGAGUUCUCGUUGCUAACAGUGAAAAUGCUCAUACGCCCCGUUGGCAAAUAAGUAUACGCAACAUAUUUUAAAGCAACAUUCAAAUAAAUGCCAGCGCUUAACUGAAAAAAAUCUUUAAGCGGCUUUGAUAGCAAACAAGA